AUGCUUGCAAUUCGUCGAGCUCACAAGCAAGUGAGCUUUGGUAAACCAGCAUCUUACUUCCACACCACAUCGGCUCUUCUCAAACCACCCAACAGAAACAUCGCCUUUGUAUUCGAUAUCGACGGGGUUCUCAUACGAGGCAAAAAGCCAAUCCAGCAAGCGAAACCAGCUUUGGAACUUCUCAAUCGCGAAAAAAUACCUUACAUCUUGAUGACCAAUGGUGGUGGUGUUCUGGAAUCACAGAAAGCUGAAGAAGUUACCCAUAUAACUGGUGGACCUGACAUUUCUCCAUUGCAAGUGGUUCAGAGUCAUACACCAAUGAAGGCAUUGGUGCAGGAUCCAGAUUUUAACCGUGUAUUGGUGGUUGGGGGUAAGGGCGAUAAUGCCAGAAAAGUGGCUGAGCAGUACGGAUUCAAUGAUGUGAUUAUGCCUAUUGAUAUUGUCAAAGCCAAUAAAUCAGUAUCACCACAUGCAAUGUUUACACAACAAGAUUUCGACGAGUAUGCUAUUGACAUUGACUUGGAAAAGCCUAUUGAUGCGAUCUUGGUGUUUAAUGAUCCCCGUGAUAUGUCAACUGAUAUGCAAAUUGUUCAGGAUUUGUUGAAUUCAAAUGGGGGGUUGAUUGGGACGAAACGGAGCGUGAAGCAGGUUGGAGAUAGAACAAAACCCUCGAUUCCUAUAAUCUUUAGUAAUAAUGAUUACAUCUAUGCCAACGAUUUCCCAUUACCGAGGUUCGGACAAGGUGCAUUCAGGAUCAUCACCGAAACAUUAUACAAUACCACAAACAAAUUACCUCCACCAAAGAACUUGGAGUCGUUAAUCAUGGGCAAACCAUUCAAGUUACAAUAUGACUUUGCCCAUCAUGUCUUGAUUGAUUGGAGGCAAAGGUUACUCUCUCAACGAUAUGACACCAAACAAAUUCUUCCCUUGCUUGGAUCAGUUCCUCAGGAAUCUCCAUUCACAGAUAUUUAUAUGGUGGGUGACAAUCCUGAGUCGGACAUUAAAGGAGCUAAUGACAAUGGAUGGCAGUCGAUCUUGUUGAGAACGGGGGUUUUCCAGGAUGAGGAUUACGAUGGUAUUAUUGCCAAGCCUACAGUGGGGGUGUUUGACAAUGUUGAAGAGGGCGUUAAGCAUGUCUUGCGAAAGCAUAAUAUACCAAUAGAAUAG